UCUUUCUCUCGCCCUUCGUUCCGGCUCUAGCGCCAGGCUCCAUCUCCCCGCAGAAGGUGCAGCCAUGAAUCCGUUAUUCGGCCCUAACCUCUUCCUCCUACAGCAGGAGCAACAGGGCUUGUCCGGGCCUGUGGGGGGCAGUCUGGGGGGUGACCCCUUCUCUGGGGGCGGGGACUUGGCCCCGGCGCCACUCGCGCCCGCUGGCCCCGCUGCUUUCUCGCCGCCCGGCCCGGGCCCCGCGCCCCCAGCCGCCAUGGCGCUCCGAAACGACCUGGGCUCCAACAUCAGCGUACUCAAGACGCUGAACCUGCGCUUCCGCUGCUUCCUGGCCAAGGUGCACGAGCUGGAGCGCCGGAACCGGCUGCUGGAGAAGCAGCUGCAGCAGGCGCUGGAGGAGGGUAAGCAGGGCCGGCGGGGCUCGGCGCGCCGAGACCAGGCUGUGCAGACCGGCUUCGUCAGCCCGGUGCGGCCGCUGGGGCUGGCGCUGGGCGCUCGGCCGGCCGCCGUCUGCCCCCCGGCGGCGCGCUCUCCGGCCUGCCCCGCGCCGCCCUCCGCCACCGCGGCCUCCGCCUUCUCGUCGUCGGCCCGCUUCAUGCCCGGCACCAUCUGGUCCUUCUCGCACUCCCGCCGGCUCGGGCCAGGACUGGAGCCCACGCUGGUGCAGGGGCCUGGCCUGUCGUGGGUGCACCCUGACGGGGUGGGCGUCCAGAUCGACACCAUCACCCCCGAGAUCCGCGCGCUCUACAACGUGCUGGCCAAAGUAAAGCGGGAGCGGGACGAGUACAAGCGGAGGUGGGAAGAGGAGUACACAGUGCGGAUCCAGCUGCAAGAGCGCGUGAACGAGCUCCAGGAGGAGGCGCAAGAGGCUGACGCCUGCCAAGAGGAGCUGGCCAUGAAGGUGGAGCAGUUGAAAGCUGAGCUGGUGGUCUUCAAGGGGCUCAUGAGCAAUAACCUAUCAGAGCUGGACACUAAGAUCCAGGAGAAGGCCAUGAAGGUAGAUAUGGACAUCUGCCGCCGAAUUGACAUCACUGCCAAGCUGUGUGACCUGGCUCAGCAGCGCAACUGUGAGGACAUGAUCCAGAUGUUCCAGAAGAAGCUGUCUCUGCACUUGUCUCCCAUUAAGGUCCCAUCCAUGGGGGGGCGGAAGCGGGAGCGCAAGGCUGCUGUCGAGGAGGACACCUCCGUAUCAGAGAGUGACGGGCCCCGCCAGCCCGAUGGGGAGGAGGAGGAGAGCACGGCCCUCAGCAUCAACGAGGAGAUGCAGCGCAUGCUCAACCAGCUGAGGGAGUAUGAUUUUGAGGACGACUGUGACAGCCUGACUUGGGAGGAGACUGAGGAGACCCUGCUGCUGUGGGAGGAUUUCUCAGGCUAUGCCAUGGCAGCGGCAGAGGCCCAGGGAGAGCAGCAAGAAGACAGCCUGGAGAAGGUGAUUAAAGAUACCGAGUCCCUGUUCAAAACCCGGGAGAAGGAGUAUCAGGAAACCAUCGACCAGAUAGAGCUGGAGCUGGCCACCGCCAAGAACGAUAUGAACCGGCACCUGCACGAGUACAUGGAGAUGUGCAGCAUGAAGCGUGGCCUGGAUGUGCAGAUGGAGACCUGCCGCCGGCUCAUCACCCAGUCGGGGGACCGAAAGUCUCCUGCUUUCACUGCGGUCCCGCCUAGCGACCCGCCGCCGCCAAGCGAGACUGAGGACUCCGAUCGAGAUGUCUCAUCUGACAGCUCCAUGAGAUAGGGCCCAACUGUGGCAGGGCUUCCUGACUCCAGCCUAGAGGGCAAGGGCGAGAGGGGACACUCACUUGUGUACCAGAGCCAGGCCUGGCUCUGGGGCUUUUCCCUUCCUCACUCUGUCCUGGGCCUCCCCAGGGUCAUGAGGUGUCUGGAGCUAGGUUGGCUCACCCUUCCUGGUGGCUCCUGCCUGCGUGGGUGUCUGCUACUUCCCUGUCUUUAAAAGCUGUGUCCUUGCCAUCUCCAUUGUGUAAGGAAUGUGUACUGGGUCCUGCCCCCUACUCCAGGUCUGGACCAGCUGUCUUUGGUUUUUGUUCCAGUGCAGACAGUGGCCCAGGCACUGGUGUGAAGCCUGUCAGCCAGAGGUUCCCUAAAGGCUUGUGCAAGGCUUGCACCCUUGUCAGGGUGAAGGGACGAGCUAGGCUGGACGCCCACACCUGCCACCUGUGGCCAGCCUUAAAGUCCAGGCCGGGUGCCGUAUGCUGGGGUUUGGAAGCUCAUGCUGGCCUCUGUCACUGCCGGGUGACAGAGGUGACACUGCACGUGGGUCUGCGCGUGCAUGAGUGCUCAGGGUGUUCUCAAGUAUCAGCUGCAGUCAUGCCCUCCCCAUGUCUCUCACUCACCCAAACCAAUAGGCUGGGACAAACUUGGAGAACCAGGGGAGGCUCCUCCAUGAGUACCUGCCUAGGAGGCUAUGCAGAGCUGAUGUUUGAAUGGAAUCCUUAACAAUAAUCAGUGUGGCGAGUAUUUAUUAA